AUGACACAUACAAAGGAAGCAACUGUCCCCCUCGGGGAGUACCUCUUUACCCGUCUCAAGCAACUCGAGAUCAACUCUAUUUUCGGCGUUCCAGGCGAUUAUAACCUCAGAUUGCUGGACUACAUCAAACCGACUGGUAUCAACUGGAUCGGAAACUGCAAUGAACUCAACGCCGCCUAUUCCGCAGAUGGGUACUCUCGUAUUCAAGGGCUCAGCGCUGUGAUCACCACUUUCGGCGUAGGCGAACUCUCAGCGAUCAAUGGCAUCGCCGGCGCUUAUUCUGAGCGUGCCCCAGUCAUUCACAUCGUUGGUGCACCAUCAAGAACCCUCCAAAGUGCAAGGGCCUUGGUGCACCAUACGUUUUUGGACGGAGAGUAUGGAAGGUUUGCGGAGAUGCAUCGCCAUGUUACUGCUGCGCAGACUCGUUUGACGGAUGUGCAGACUGCAGCUGAUAAGAUCGACUGGAUCAUUGAACAGGCCAUGAUCCAUCAGAGGCCGGUCUAUCUGCAGAUUCCCGAUGAUCUGGUCUCAAUGCAUGUCUCAACGGCCAAUUUUGAGAAGAGGCCUGUCAUUCGCCCUGCGCCGUCUACUGCUGAGAUCAGCCCAGAGACCGUUGACAAGAUCUUACAGCGUAUCUACUCUGCUACCAAGCCUCUCCUCUAUGUUGACGGCGAGAGUCGCAGUACCGGCGCUAUUGACGAGAUCAAUAAGCUCAUCAAUACUACUAACUGGCCAACCUGGACAACGGCAUUUGGAAAAGGUCUCAUCAGCGAAGAGUUGCCCAACGUUCAUGGCAUAUACCUCGCCGACGAUGGCGAUAAAGUGUCUCACGACUAUUUCAAGUCUUCUGAUCUGAUCUUGUUCUUCGGUCCACACAUGAGCAAUAUUAACACUGGCAUCUUCAAGGCGAUUCCGGAGGAGAGUGUGACGGUUUCGUUUUCGCCUGGUCAAAUCAAGAUUGCUGGCCAGGUCAUUCGGGAUGUGGACCCUCGGCAGUACCUUCAAAAGAUUGUCAGCCAGUUUGACUCUUCAAAACUUGCCAAGAUUGAGAGUCCUGCCAUCGCGACAAAGGCGCCAGUUGAGCCUUCAUCGUCGGACGCUAUCAACCAAGCUCAAUUCUAUCACUACGUUAACCCCAUGUUCCGACGUGGCGAUAUUGUUCUGACCGAAACUGGUACUGCUGCGACUGGUGGAAAGGCCUUCAAGCUUCCCCAAGACUGUAGCUACUUUACAUGCGUGACAUGGCUGUCGAUCGGAUACAUGCUCCCCGCCACGCUCGGUGCAGCGCUAGCCCAACGGGAUAUGAGGGGUUCGCAGCGAGCAAUUUUGUUUAUCGGCGAUGGAAGUCUACAGAUGACUGCCCAAGAGAUCAGCACAAUGAUCAAGCAGAAGCUCAACGUAGUCAUAUUCGUCAUCAACAACAACGGAUACACAAUUGAGCGGGCCAUUCAUGGGAGGAAUGCGGAUUACAACGACAUUUCGCCGUGGAACCACCAACAUGCCCUUGGACUGUUUGGAUUGAGCCAAGAAGAGGCAUCAAAGCGAUAUUUCUCGGCAAAGACAUUUGCGGAAUUGAGGACAGCGAUGGACUCGAAAGCGGUACGGGAGAGCGAGGGAGUCACGAUGAUUGAGGUCUUCAUGGGCCAAGAAGAUUGCACUGGCGAGUUGAAGGAAUUGCUGGACAGGCAAAUGGCGCGAGAAAAGAGCCAGUAG